AGUGCAAGCACAGUACGAGACGAUCUCCGUGCACUCCUACGAGAGACGGCCCAGCCCGUGGCAGUUGUCACCUCCUUCAUGGACCCCACAACGUCACAAGCGACUACGCACCCAAGCCGCUUCCACGGCGCAACCCUCUCCUCCUUCAGCUCCAUCUCCAUGGACCCACAUCCGCUUGUUGCCUUCUCCCUGCGAAUACCCUCCCGCAUGGCCACCUCUUUGACGUCUGCGCACUCGUCCACAAGCCUCUACUCUCACAUGGUCAUCAAUAUCCUCUCUGAACACCAAGCACACACAGCCAUGCGCUUCUCGCGUGCGGACCUCUAUCCUGAGCCCUUCGUAUCUUUGCCGCACUCGCUCACGGAAGAGGGCUUGCCGGUGUUGGACGGUGCGGUUGGUGCCCUGUCCUGCCGCCUUGUCGCCGCGUCAUGGCCGCUGCACGACUUGGAGUCGCUCACGGGAGAUGGGAAGGACGGAGCACCUGAGUGGAAGGGAGAAGGGGUUGCGUCGGAGCUGUUCAUCGCGCAAGUCAUACGCGUCGAGCACGCGCCGGAUUCUGGGAAUGGGGUGCGCCCGUUGCUGUAUCAUCGUCGCGGGUACGUGACUACU